ACCACACACUUCUCACUUAAGAAAAUGGAUAACUCUUUACAAAGUUCUAAACUUGUGCUUCUACUAGCUAUUGCUUUGGUCCUAUUUCUAAACACAGAGCUGAAAUUUCCUAUAGCUGCUGGAGCCUUAAACAGUGAUAGCAAAGUUUAUAUAGUGUAUCUUGGCGAAAGAGAACACGAUGAUCCAGAACUUGUCACAGCUUCUCAUCAUCAAAUGCUUGAAUCACUUCUUCAAAGCAAAGAAGACGCACGUAACUCGCUGAUCUACAGCUACCAACAUGGAUUCUCAGGUUUCGCGGCACUUCUUACAUCAUCACAAGCAAAGAAAAUUUCAGAACAUCCAUCAGUAAUCCAUGUUAUACCAAACCGGAUUCUGAAACUGAAAACCACAAGAACUUGGGAUCAUCUUGGCCUCUCUCCAAUUCCAACUUCUUUUUCUUCAUUAUCAUCUGUAAAAGGUCUUCUUCAUGACACCAACUUGGGCAGCGAAGCUAUUAUCGGUGUCAUCGAUUCAGGAAUAUGGCCAGAGUCAAAGGCACUCAACGAUCAAGGGCUUGGACCAAUACCUAAGCGUUGGAGAGGAAAAUGUGAACCAGGAGAACAGUUUAACGCCACAAUACAUUGCAACAACAAGCUAAUAGGAGCUAAGUACUAUCUAAACGGUGUAGUCGCUGCAAUUGGAGGAAAAUUCAACAGAACAAUCAUCCAAGAUUUCAAAUCCACCAGAGAUACAAACGGUCACGGCACACAUACAGCCACAAUAGCUGGUGGCUCAUUCGUUCCCAACGUGAGCUUCUAUGGUCUAGCCCGAGGUUUGGUCCGAGGUGGUGCUCCUCGGGCCCGCAUAGCCUCGUACAAGGCGUGUUGGAACGUAAUGGGAGAUGAAGGAGGAGGAACUGAUGGAAGAUGCACAACUGCUGAUAUGUGGAAGGCUUUUGAUGAUGCUAUACAUGAUGGGGUUGAUGUUUUGUCGGUUUCUAUUGGGGGAGGUAUUCCCGAGGAUUCCGAGGUCGAUAAGCUCGAUUAUAUCGCGGCUUUUCACGCGGUGGCUAAAGGGAUUACGGUUGUGGCUGCUGCGGGUAACGAAGGGCCUGGUGCUGAGACUGUUGACAAUGUUGCUCCUUGGCUCUUGACUGUUGCUGCAACUACUCUUGACCGAUCUUUUCCUACAAAGAUCACACUUGGGAAUAAACAGAUCCUCUUUGCUGAAUCUCUGUUCACUGGACCGGAAAUUUCAACGGGUUUAGCUUUCUUGGACUCAGACAGUGAUGAUAAUGUUGAUGUGAAGGGGAAAACAGUUCUUGUUUUCGAUAGUGCCACUCCAAUUGCAGGGAAAGGUGUAGCAGCAUUAAUCCUAGCCCAAAAGCCUGAUGAUCUUCUUGCUCGAUGCAAUGGUUUAGCAUGCAUUUUCGCGGAUUACCAGCUUGGAACUGAGAUUUUAAAAUACAUACGUACCACCAGAUCUCCCACGGUGAGAAUUAGUGCGGCUACGACAUUAACCGGUCAGCCUGCAACGACUAAGGUUGCUGCAUUCUCAUGUAGAGGGCCUAAUUCUGUUUCACCAGCCAUUCUCAAGCCUGAUAUAGCAGCUCCGGGUGUGAGCAUACUUGCGGCAAUAAGUCCGCUUAAUCCAGAAGAACAGAACGGAUUUGGACUUCUUUCAGGGACAUCAAUGUCGACUCCUGUUGUUUCUGGAAUCAUAGCUCUCCUCAAAUCUCUACACCCUAAUUGGUCUCCUGCUGCAGUGAGAUCAGCUUUGGUCACAACAGCUUGGAGGACAAGUCCAUAUGGAGAACCCAUAUUUGCUGAAGGAUCAAACAAGAAGCUUGCAGAUCCAUUUGACUAUGGAGGAGGACUUGUAAACCCUGAAAAGGCUGCAAAACCCGGACUUGUCUACGAUAUGGGGAUCGAAGAUUACAUCAAUUACAUGUGUUCCGCGGGUUACAACGACACCUCAAUCUCUCGUGUGCUCGGUAAAAAGACCAAUUGCCCAAUUCCUGGGCCAUCAAUUCUUGAUAUCAACUUACCUUCAAUCACAAUUCCAAAUCUUGAGAAAGAGGUCACACUCACAAGGACUGUAACCAAUGUUGGACCCAUCAAGUCAGUCUAUAAAGCUGUGGUCGAGUCUCCUCUCGGUAUAACUCUCACCGUGAACCCAACCACUCUCGUCUUUAGCCCAGCUGCUAAGAGAGUACUCACUUUCUCGGUCAAGGCUAAAACGAGUCAUAAAGUCAACAGUGACUACUUCUUUGGAAGCUUAACAUGGACUGAUGGUGUUCAUGAUGUUACAAUCCCUGUCUCUGUUAAGACAAAGAUCAUGAUCAAGACUUAACAAAAUUACUCAAUAAUGUCCAAAAAAUAAU